AUGGAUGCAACAAAUCAGCAUGAUAGCGGUGACACAGUUCACUGCAAUAGCCUCAAAUGGCUACCACUUGCCCCCAAAAUAUGGAUUAAACUUGUUAAGUUGAUUCACAACACUGGAUCCUACACAGUCAUUAUCCGCGCUGAACAGGGAGGCGUUCUUCCCCGUCAUCGACACGAAGAGAGCGCAGAGAUAUACGUUAUCAAAGGCAACGGCAACCAUCCUCAGACAGGCCACUUUGCCCAAGGGGACUACGUCUCAGAGAGAAAAGGGGCUAUUCACGAUCCUCUCGUUUUUCACAACGAGGUGGAGAUGCUCAUGAUUAGCCAAGGACCAUCGACUUUCCUUGAUGAUGAAGGUCGCGACUUGUAUCGGAUGGACAUAGUAAUGCUUCAGGGCCUGGAGUCGAUCACGACAUAG